CGAAGCUUUACAGGAAUUCAGCAUGGUGCGCCCAGGGGACAAGGUGCUGGUCUGCCUGUCGGGCAGCCGCGAGUCGUUGGCGUUGCUUCACACCAUGCACCAAUACCAGUUCUACGCUCGCUCUAAAGGGACGCACUUCAGUAUUGGUGCACUAUUCGUGCAUGAAGAUAAAUCCGAGGUGGAUCCCCUUCACCUCAUGGCGUACUGUAGAACUUUAGGAGUUAAGUUCAUAUACCAAGACAAGUUGGAUGACAUCGACAGUGAAAGACGUAGCAACUCGAGCAAAGUUGCGGAGCUCCACCGUUGGUCUUCGCAUGCUACACGGCGGCGCGCCUACGCCGCGGCGCGUGCACACGGCUACGGCGUAGCGGCCGUAGCACAGAGUUUAGACCAUGCCGCGCGAGCGUUCUUAGCCGCUGCGCUACAUGCCGGAACACUUGCUACGAUAAAGGCACACUACAGAAUCAGAGAGCACGAUAUCCGCAUCAUCCGACCGUUCAUUUACGUGCGCGAGCGAGCGCUGCAAGCGUUUGCGCGCGCGCGCAUGUUGCCGGAUUUCCGUGCGCGGGAGCAGUCUCCGCCGCUCAGUCCGCGCAGUGAAGACAGCACGGACGAGACAGGAAAAAAUCAGCACAUCGAGCGAUCAGUGUCAGAGCCGUGUGGUGCUAAGGAGAAAAUGGCUGUACGAAGAUCAAUAGAGGAGAUUGGGGAGCCUUUGGAAACUGCCAGAGACCUGCUGCUCAGUCAAGAACAGUCGCAUCCCUACAUCUUCAACAGUCUGAAGAAUGCUUUACAUCCGCUGAUUAGCGCAAGAAACAUUGAGAAAGAUCUGAAGGAGCACAGACACAGGAAGAAAUCAGUGAUUCAAAUGAAGAACGGAGCGCCCGUGUACGACUCCGAGGAAGGGACAGAAGAAGAGCCGGUGCCAUAGACAACUGUCAAAACUCCGCCAAAAUUUACGUCAUUAUUGAUUAAUGUUUAAUUGUUUAUGUCGUGUCCUUAAGACUUUGUGAUGAUUACUCAGUGAUGAUUAUUGUGAUGAAACAUGAUAAUUAAAGCGUUGUAUACUGUUACGUAAUAUGUGUACUUUGUUGUGGUAAAUGUUGAAAGGCCAUAAUGAAAAUUACGUACAAUGUACGUGAAAAAACUUCAGAGUUAUUUACUUUUGAGAGAACAUUAGACUCGAGUUUUCCUAAAAGUCAAUGAAAAUAUUUAAUGCCAGAUACCUACACCAAAUAAGGUUGUAGACCUGUUUAACUAGUUACUCAUUCAAAAAUAAAUGGUCUGCAUUCUUAUCUCUUCUGAUAAUACAUCUAGGAAUGUUAUGUUGAGAGAGAAUAAUAAAAUCAAUCAUUAGCAUAGUUAAUAAAUCUUACAUUGUAAAAGCACAUGAGAUAUUGAGAACAUAAAUUAAAAUGAAAUAAAGUGUACAAAAUUGUUAUGCAAAAGAUAUUUUUUCUCUGAAGUAUAUGAUUCUAAAGUUAUAAUUGAUAUUUUUGAAUAACUGUGGAAUUGAGAACAAAGUGCAUUUGUUAGAGUCUGCUAUGAAUUAAUGUGUUUACGAUUAUUAUAUUUUUUAAAUGGUGUCGUGAAAUUGUUUGAAAGAAAAUUGUGUGUACAAUGCGGCCUAUUUAUUCUACCGUGUUAUUAAUUAAGUUAUUACAGAAUAAAUGUAUGUAAUAAAGUAUUUCUGACGAUUUCAUACUUAUAUUCGCAAUGCAAACUUCGGUUACGUCUCUGGGUUAACAAUUGUUACCUAUUCAUUUAUUAAGCAUCAGUAGAUUGUUUCUGAAUACCCGUAUAUUUUACUAAAAUAUAAAAAAAUAGGUAUUUAGAGUUGUUGUUAAAAAAUAAUCAAUUAUUAAUAUUAUAUAUUUUGGAUUAUUUUUUUAUUAAUGGUAUAGGUAAUUUUAAGUCACCAGAGAGGUUAAUUGCUGCGUCAGAAAAAAUUGGAUGAUAUUAUCUAUUUAUCGUUAAAACAAAAGAUAUUAAACGUAAUGGUUGUAACGUUUUACAAAUGUUGAAGUCUUGGAGAGAUUAAUUCAGUUAUCGAUCGUUAACAGAGUUAAAAUAUGAAUAUUUAUGGACAUAUAUUAUAUUUUAGACCUCGGUUCUGACAAAGUCAGCGAUUGUAGUUAUUUAUUGUUAAUUAGACCAUUCUGUUUCCUGAUAUGAUUGUUGAUUAAAAGCAGAGAGAUAAUGUUAGCGGGCGGCAGUAAAUUCAUAUUUUUUAUUUGACAUCGAAAGAUGACACCGCCAUGACACCAAGCUAGAUUAUUACACCAUAACAAUUGGCCGUUCGAGUAGUAUUAAUUAAAAAACAAUUCGUGCGUCAAAUUGUUGUAGAGUGAUAUGUAAGUUGAUGGUAGAUUUUGUAAUGGCAACAUCAACGUUCACGUUCCAUUUUGGAAUACAUUUUUUAAAAGUCGAAUUUGGAAUGUGGCUGCUGAUGUGAGACUGAUUUCGGAUUAGUUAGUGUAAAACCAUUUUUAUAUUUUCCUUGUAUAACUAACUUCGAAACUACUUAUUAUAUAGCCUUUUAUGUUUUUUAUAUAGUUUUUGCUGUUGAAGUUUAGCAGUUAUAUUUUUCAUUGCUAAAUGUCAUAAAAUUCCUAUAAUUAGGAUACGUAUGCUAAGUUGUAAUAUUGAAAUACAAAGAAGUCCCAUAAUAAUUGCUUCCAUGAUAAUUGUAUUCAUAUACAUUUUGUCGUAAAAUAAAAAUGUUUAAUUAAA